AUCUGAGUGGGCGGGAGGACCUCCCCAACCCCUGAACCCGCGUCUAUACCCGCCCCUGCGCGCUUAUAAAACCGGCCCGGAUCGCGCCGGAAAGUCUUGGGUCUUCAGAAUCGCUCAGGGUUGCAGCAGAACAUCCCCCUUCCUCCGUCUUAUCCCUCCCCUCUCCAUCAUCCUCUCACUGUUUUUUAGGAGACUCUUUUUACGCAUCAUUCAUCCUCACCCCAUCCACCACCACCACCACCCACACUCCACAACUGUAGCGGGACCGUCUUUCUGCAGGCCAGUUGCAUGCAUUGCUCGUCUCCCAAAAUGGUUUGCGAGACUAAAAUCGUUGCGGACGAACACGAGGCUAUACCUGGGACCAAAAAAGAGCCGAUGAUGUGGGGCUCCCCGGCGGCCCCCGGCGCGGCUCUGAGCUCCGCCGGCGAGCCCAAGGAUGUGCGGAGGGACGGGGUGUUUAUCCGCGAGUUCGAGCGGGAGGACCAGGAGGAGGUGCUGCGCAUCUUCCACGAGGGCAUCAUGGAGCGGAUACCCAACUCGGCGUUCAGGGGUAUCUGGCAGCAGCCCCGGACCCAGUUCUUAUACGCCUUUCUGACAGCGAUGUGCUUUUACAUGACCAAAUCCGUCACGCUGACCUGCUGUGCACCGCUCAUUCUCAUGGGUGCGCGCUACUACUACAGCAGGAAAGUUAUCCAGAAUUAUUUGGACUGUGCUCUGAACACGGACAUGGCUGACAUUGAGGCCUAUUACAUGAAACCCACAGGCUCCUGCUUCUGGGUGGCGGUUCUGGAUGGGCGCGUUGUGGGCAUCGUGGCAGCGCAGGGCCACGAGGACGACAACACCGUGGAGCUGCGGCGGAUGUCAGUGGACUCUCGCUACCGGGGCAAAGGCAUCGCGAAGGCCCUGGGCCGCCGUGUUCUGGAGUACGCCGUGCGCAACAACUACGCCGCCGUGGUCCUCGGAACGACCGCCGUCAAGUUGGCCGCCCACAAGCUGUACGAGUCGCUGGGCUUCUGCAGGACGAGCCAGAGCGAGAACUACAGGCUACCCGGGAUGAGCCGCUCGCCGCUGGAGAGGCUCUUCUUUCAGAUCCGCCACAGCCGCUACCGCCUGCAGCUCCGUGAGGAGUGAGAGGUGAUGGAGAGAGAGAGAGAGAGAUGGAGGACGGGGAGAUGGAGGGAGAGAGGGACAGAGAGAGCAAACACCCUCCUUCACCUUUGAACCCCAACCGCAUCCUCUCCUCUGACAGCUUUUAUUUAUUUUGAGUCAUUGUAGUUAUGUUUGGGUAACCCUUUUACUACUUCAUGGUGACGUCACUAAGGUUUUUUAUUGUUGCACUUUUCUUGCUAUAGUUUUUGUAUUUUCAUUUUACACUCACUGAGUAUAUAUUUUUAAGUUUCAUUAACCUAAUUCUUUGGCAUUCUUGUCCCUCCCUCUCCAUCGGAGAAAUAAAACUAUGUAUCAGACAUUUAGCCGGCAUCCAAACCAAUCACUGUCCUCAGAUUAUGUGGCUCAAACCCACUGGAGGGGGUCGGGCGCGAAGGGGUGGUUGAGAUAUGGUUUUCUUGAGAGGUGAAGAAGUUUAAUAAUUAUUCGCAGCCCUGGUAAAAAUAUGCACAAAAGACACAUCUUUAAAGUAAAUGGUUCUCAUUUUAUCUUUCACGUUUCUCCAAAAACGUUGCCAUACAAAGAGUGUAAAAAUGUAAGAAGCUUCUUUUGACAUGCUUUUCUGUCAAAGUUUGUCUGCCAAUCCUAGAAGACAUCUUUUUAACUAACUAUUUCAAGACAACAGAGCAACUCAAGACCUACUUCCUUCGUUACUUCAAAAUAAUUUUCCCAUUCUGAAGACUGGUUAAGAGAAAUGGGCCUCAGUAGCUUCGUUUCCAUUGACCACAUAAUUCGGAAAAUUGAAUCCAAAAAAGAUUUGCUUAAUGGCAAUUUCGAAAAAAAAUUUUAAUAAAAAGUUUGUGCGCUAGGAUGAGGUUGUUUUUCAACCUCAAUGAAAUUAGUGUAUUUCACAAAACUGCUGUGGAAACAUUUUCUGCCAACAACCGGAUGUUACUACUGGUAGAAAAGAUGAAGACAACGACAGGAAGUGGUCAAAGGAAGCUGGCGUGAACAAUCUCUUUCACAUGAUCUGACUACGUUAAAGGAAGCAGCAAAACUGCAAACUUGUUUUUUCUACAUUAGCGGGAUAUUGACAAAAACACAGCUGGUGUUACUUUAUUAAAUACCUCAAGAAACAGAAAGUCAUGGAUUACAAAUUAAAAGCUUCAAUAUGCGCUUACAAACUAACAAAAGGAUAGAAAUUGCAAAAUGCUUCAGUUAAAUUCAUGUAAUAGUAAUUAUUUUUAUCGACAAUAAUUAAGUGGUGAUUUUGUUGAAUAAUUACUACAAUUUAAUAUUUCUUUUACACAUCUUUACCAGGGGUGCAAGAAACUGUGACACAGUCAUACUUUGUGUGUGCAUUGUGAUGUUUAAUGUAACACAGAGGGAACUCGUUUGACAGCUGGCCUCCGUCUGAAAAAACCAUAUUGAAGCACAGCGAGAGCCGAGUCCCGCAGUGAGGUUUGAGGACAACAGGAUGGCCACCAGAAUAUGCUCAGUGCAUCAUGUACACAUUCAGCAACGCAGUGAAUCCUCCUUAAACACUCGUCUCUAUUGUCCUUCCAAACAAAUUACUAAACUUCUUCUCUUCUUGUUUUUAACUUAUUUAAUUGAUGAAUCACUCGUUUUAUUUCUCCGGAGCUGUGGAUGGGUUUCUGGUUUAAGGUUUAGGAAAGGUGGAGCUCAGAGCCGGGGUGUGUGUGUGUGUGUGUGUGUGAUAACUGAGAGCUUGUCAUGGCGUACGUAUGCAGAUUCACGAGGCAAGUAUGGUUGACGUGACACCGAGCCUCAAGAGUGUGUGAGGAAUCUUUUUCUUUGGCUAAAAGUCGAGUGUUAUCUAACUUAAAUUACUUUAUGUGUGUGCUUAUAAAUUGUUUACUGAUUAAAUCAAGUCAAAGUCUAACAUUUUGAAUACGUUAACAGCCUAACUGGAAAAUUUGUAAUUUUCUAACUUUAACAAAGUUCCACGUUUAAAUAUGCAAAUUUUACUGUCAAAACCACGACAAUGACUAAGUAGCUGCAGUCUACGUUUAAUAAACAUUCAGGUUAUUGGGGUAAAACACGACUAACUAGCAAUACUUUGAAAUGUACAGUACAUGACUGAGCACAAAUUACAACCCAGUAUUAGAACCCAUGUAUUGGCAUGACCAUCCCUUCUGUUCUGUGUGUUCUUACUGUGUAUAGAGCUGAAAACUCAUGUAGCAAAUGCCGAAGUUUCUCUCGUACCUGCUUACUCCGACUGAACAACCAGCAGCAGAUUCAGCAAUCCAUGACUCUGAGCCUAAGUUGUGUCAUCAAACCAUUUUUAUAAUGUUAUAUGUACAGCAAAACAUAACAAAAAAAAAAAAGCACAUCAUGAAAAAAAAAAAUUGGGGGAAAAACAUGAAUGUCAUCAUCACAAACCAGUACCAUCCCUCACUUUCCUUUACCCUCCUCCCUAUUCAUGAAUCUGACUGCAACCCUGGGCUGGACCAAACAGCCAAUCACCCCGUCCACCCAUAACCUUCCACAACCUUCUGCAUGUGCCCCCCAACCCAUAGCCUUGCUGCAAAGCUUUAACUACUUCAUUUCAAACUGGUUGGACCAGUCCAAGACCCGGUCCCCGGUCACAGAUCAAUGCGACGCCGCCUCUGCAGCGAGGGGCGUCAGGUUGCUCAUGAUGUACGGUUGUGUGUGUGUGCACGGGCGUGAUGCAGACGCUGAGAACGACAGGCCGCGCGCUUGUGUGGUUGAGAGUUGGUGCAGACGUGCAGAUCACGCUUACCAACUGCAGCGCUGCCUGGACGACAUUCUGCCCGCCAGCUCACCAACUGUAGAAUGCAAACAGCAAUGCAAGUGUGGCAUGCCUCUGUACCGUGUGUCUCCGGUGCCUGCGCUGGAAAUGCAUAGGACAAAAAAAACCCAUAUGUACUAUAUAAAAGAUAUAUAUAUAUAUAUCUAUAUACAUAUAUAUAAUAAGAGAAAAUACGACUUUUUAAGAUAAACAUAUGAGAUAAAUAUGUGUUUCUUUAAAAAAAAAAAAGAAGAAUUGUACCAUCUGCAUGAAAUGUGUCUUUGAAUGCAAAUAUAACUUUAAGGAGAGGAACUCUGACCACAUGGCUACAGAAAACACUUGUUUACAUUACUUUGAAUGGUCAAAAUGAUCUGUAAUAAUAAUUACCAGCCACAAGCCAGUACUACAAAUCUUUAUGAGGACAAAACUCAUCUAAUAGCUGCAGUUAUUCAGAGUAAAUCCAUCACUGACUGAGGGAAAAGAAGGUUUGUUUCUUUUGUUAUCCUCAUUGGCAUUGGAUCGAAGUGCAAAAAGCACAAAUUACAAAAUCCUGUAGGUGUUUACAAAACUAGAUGCACCAGCGGACCAAAGUAAAAGCUGAACUUAAAGUUUAGCGUAUUUAAAUAUCUAAAACACUGUACCUGUUUACUCUAGGCAUGGGCCGGUAGGAGAUUCUCAGGGUAUAACCUUCAGUAUGUUUUCACUGCAUCACAUUGUUUACACUAAAUAAUUAAAACUAAAAUAUUUCACAUCAUGUUUUUGCGCAACUAUUUUGUUUUCCUGUUGCAGAAAUAGUAUAAUACAUAUGUAUUACAUGUACAAUUACUGUAAUCAUGUGUAUUAUAAUAAUGUUGCUGAUAACAUUUAUUUGAUACUUUGACCUUUGAAAAAAAUAGCAGAAUAAACACCUGCUACUAUUAGGAGUAGUUUUUAAGUGCUUAUUAGAGCUUAGUCAGCUGGUGAAUUAGUCAGGUUAUUUGCUCCGGUAGAGCCGACAGUCAGCUGCUUAACAAAAACUCUAUCUGCAGCUUUAAAACAGUAUUACUACUGAUGGUUUCCACGUUAUCUCUGUCCAGAAACGUUUCUAAACAAUUUUCUAUAACUUGUCAGUGAAGGAAAAGAAGAGGCUUUAGGAUUCAUAAAGCUGACCAGCAGUGCGCAAAUUUAAGUCGCUAUAAUAAUGAAAAAUGUGAGUGAUUUUAAAAUCUUACUUUGAAAAUACAUCUUGGUAUACCCUAGAUUGCUGUAACUGGCCCAUGCCUACAUUUCAGCUAGGUUUGAAUUCCACAGGAAUGAUUUUUGUUUGCAUUAUACCAACAAUAGACAUAAAAAGCUAACCUCUCAAAACACAUAUUUUAUAUCUCAGAAGCUAAAGGAGCUUCUUUUUUGUUCAAAACACUCAUCUUACUCAACCACUCUGUUUUCUCACACUCUUUUGAGCAAUAUUUUCCUGAUUUCACACUGAACUCCAAAUCCACUAAACUAGCUACAGUGAUGGGCAACAUGUUAGCAUCGCAGCACCACAAUAAUUGGACUGUGCCACUUUACUACAGAUCAACUCUGGUGUCACAACAGUGAGAAGUUAGUGGUGCUGACAGACGAGAUUUCCGAGCAGAAACAUGUCAGACGACUUACUUUGAUGCAGAUGAGACGGUCGUUCUGAUCACUGUGGGAAGAAGGAGAAGCGUGUCAGCUCUGCUGCUGUCAUUUUCCCAAUUUUAAGAUUUAAAAGCUCUUUCACACAUUUUGAGAGAAAUCAUUCUUGCUAAUAAGCAUAAUUACGAAGGAAGGUAAUAUUAUUCAAAACGCUUUCGCCAAGGCCUUUAUGCACUGGAAUCAAACAUGUGGACUGCAUGGUUUAAACUAGUCUAAGGGCAAAUUUUGACUCCUAAAGACAAAGUGCACUGACUGUACUAUAAUGCAUUUACUUAUGGUCUGAGCAAUGUAUGUUUUCUACUUCACGUGAAUGCUUUGCCCUGUGAAGUCUUACCUCUUUUGAAGACUUGGUCUUGCAUAUCUAAUGUUAGAAUGUAGUGACUUGUACUGAACAUCAGUGUUAGCUAACCUAUGCUGUACAUUUAGUUAUGCUCCAUUCUUUUUAAAUAUUCUGCUGAUGUACAAUCCAAACAAUGAGUUUAUGUUGUAUUUUUGUUUGAGAGAGUGCGCUUUCUUUACCACGCUGAUGUUUGACGGGCUUAGGGGGAUCUCCUGUGAUUCUUUUGCUUUUUGAAGCAACAUUAAGUUUAAAAACGUGAUCAAUUUUCUUUCAGAUUAUUACUGAGGAAAGAAGCUCAUAUUAUUAUAAACUGCACAAAUGUACGGACUCUGGGUGUGGCGCUCUUAAGCAACAGCAUUAAGAACGAACGCUGGUAUGAAUGUAAACUGCCAAUCUUUUUCCUAAUUUUUUUUUCUUUAAUUGUGGCUUGCAAUUUAUUUUUUACUUCCUGAAUGAAGAAGAUCUUUUGCAAAAGGUUUCGAGCACCUGAUGGUUUUCAAUGAUUAACUCAACCGCCCUAUUAAUUGUCUAGCAUUUCGAGUGAUUGUAAAUAGCUGUAUCUCUACCAACUGCUUUUUUAUUCUUAGUUACCUGUCAGCCUUGCUGGUUUGGACGGAUCCUGAUGAGUUUGUAUUUGUGUCGCCGGGGAACGCUCCGCCUGACGAAGAGGACCAUGAGGGAGGAAUGUGCCAACAUUGGUAGUCAAAAAGAGGGGGCUUUGCGGGGUUCACCGCUGACUCCCUCUCUCUCUCUGAUGCUGCUGCUGUAGAGGACUCUGGACUGAGGUCACACGUUCCAAGAACGCCUAAGCACUUGUAGCAUAACUGUGUCCUGUUUUGCUGUUACUGUACAGUACUGAUUGUUCUGCUUUUUCGUCUUAACAUUUCCCACCAAGAUUGUGGAUGCUGUUUCCUUUUCUCCUGUAUUAUCAGUUGUAUGUAUGAUAAGCAGAUAUAUACAGGGCUUUUGCUUUUUGUGGAGGUAAAAGAAUUGCCAAAGGUGUCAGUACUGUGAUGUACAAAAUGCAUUAAUACCCCUUGAACUUUCCUAGGUUUUGCCACUUUAAAAAAAUACGUUCUUGUUGUACUUCAUGUGAUAGAGACCCACAAAGAAGAAGUUAGUGGGAAGAUAAAUUAUUUAAAGUUUUUUUUUUUUACAAAUCAGUGUGCUGUCCAUUCAGUCCCCUUGAUCAAUACCUUGUCUUUUUAUUGAAAUUAUCAAUGUCUCUACUAGCCUUGCAAGUAUACAGAUUGAAUUUUCCCUCAAAGUCCUAAAUGGAGCGCCGACGAUCCAGCCUAAUUUGCAGUACCCUAAUUCUGCCACACUUUCUGCUAUCUGAAAAAUUCCAACAGUUUCUGAAAGUGGAGAGGUCGCGCUUUCCAGCCAAUAUCGGGUAAUUAAGGUAAUUUCAUCGCCGCAGUAACAGGAAGUGAAAUUAAUUUGAGGGGCAAUCUUUUAAUAGAUGGUAAAUUGCAAAAAUAACUUGCUGGAUAUUGAAAGUUCCAGCUGUUAUGGCUAAAUAAGAAAAUAUAUUUACUCACAGGACAUUUAAAGAACUGCGUACAAUUAAAAUAAGCAAACAUAUCCAUUAUAAUUUAGAACAUAAAGGGUUAAAUAAAGGAUAUGUAACACGUUUUUUCCCCCUUAAUAUUGUCUGCUGUUUAGCUCCAUCAAGUUUCCCUGUGCCUGCUGAAGGAAAGCAUCCCCACAGCAUAAUGCUGCCACUGCUAAGUUCAACAGAGACCACAGAAUCUUGUGUUUUGGUUUUCUUCUGCAGCUGUGAUUACAGGUGUUGCUUUGUCUUCAUGAUGCCAUUCGUUUACUAAUGUUCGGCUGAAUUUAUGCUGAGAUUAAAUUAAACACAAGGCAGACUAUGCUAAUCAAUAAAGUGGUAUCGUCACAGAAUUUAAUUGGUAGGUGUCAGAGCAAAAGGGGCAGAAUACAAAUCCACAUCACACUUUUCAGAAAGUUGCUACUGUGUGUUGGUCUAUCGCAUGAAAUCCCAAUAACACAGAUUGAAAUGUGUGAUUCAGAAGUGGCAAAAUGUUAAAAAGUUCCAGGGGUGUGAAUAUCUUUGUAAGGCAUUGUAAGUGUUGCUUAUUUCCCCGCUGACAUUACACAUAUUUUGUCAUAAUAACUUAAAAAUAUUGGUUGUUUCUUUUGGAAAUAACUCCUGCCCACGUGCCAUCUAAUUAAGCAAUAAGUACAACCAGACAAAACAUGAAAGUAAUGAUCCCCUACACAGAUUUUCCUGGAAAAGAUGAGAUGCUGCAUUCACAUCACUCCCCUUUUAUGGCACCUAUUGCAGUGGCACAGAUGCCAGCAGACUAUUGGCAAUGACGUCUCAUUAGAUCAGCCUGAAGGGGAGAUUGUAAAGUGUUUUUCUUGUUUUGUAUGUUUUUUUUUUACUCAAAGCUGAAGUGCACAGGUGUACCUCUGAAUAAUUGUAAAGAUGCCAAAAAGAAAUGACAGAAGAGGGAUGACGGAUGCUAAAGAACAUACAGUUCAAGCAGACAUGAGGACGAAACGGUGCAGCUGCUCUGAAAGCGUUUUUGGCUGUAAACACCUCUUAACUCAGCUCCUAGACUCCUGGUUAAUUUACUCCGCCAAGACAAACUGAACAUGUUAAUCAUGCAGAUGUUUUACUACAAGUGAGACUGACAGCAUUUCUUUAAAUCUCCUUGUUAGUAACUGUAAAACUGUAAAGUAUAUUUCAAUGUAAAUAGUACUUUGGGUCAUUUUUACACCUUUUAUAACUGUGAAUAUGGAUUUAAAAUUUAUAUUAAAAUUAUAUUUACAAAUGGUUUCAGAGCCUCAACAGUGGUGCAGGUGCUACCUCACCGCAAACCCACGAUGAGUGGCAGCAAACCCUUUCAGAGGCAGCGGUAAGCGCCAUCUUAGCCCUGGUUCCUGUGACCCGGUCUUUGUCCCACAGUGACGGGUUCGGCCAUGGCCUUUUCUCUUCAUGCCUGUCUGCUUGAACUCUGCAGACGAGUGUCAAAGCGCUGGAGGCAGCAGCUUUGUGAGCUUGUAGCUCAGGACCGAGUCUGUGUAGCUACAUGGAGCUGCUGUGAUGCAAAUGCACUCUGUGCCCCGGAGCUCUGUCGUGGCUAUUGUCUGUUACCAGGAAGCUGCACGAAGCACAGCAGAGGACAGAUAUGCAGCCACACUGUGGGGAGGCAGACUGGUCAGGCAGGAUGGAGGGAUGGAUGGAGGGAUGUGGGAUGUCAGAAGUUGCCACAAGGGGAACCUUUUAACAAUUGUUUUAAAGUUUAAAACACAAAAAGAAAGAAAGGGAAUAACAUUGGCUGAGAAAAGCAUGGUGUAAACUGUUGUAAACACAGGUAAAGUGCCGAGUUAAGCUUUGCGCAUUUAGGAUGUUUUCACACCUGGUAGUCCGGUAGACUCUCUUCGAUUGGGGGACAAAAAUUGCAAAAUUUGUCAUAUUGUCAACUGCUGCGGUUCGCUUACACACUGAACUGUGUCAAACGAUCCAAAACCUUUGAAAAAAACCCUCGCCUGUGGUGGCGCUGUACCAAGAGCCACCGUAGGAAACUACACAAAAACCUCAGAAGACACGAGCUAACUUCCUUCUUCACAAAAUCUAAACAGAUUUUAGCGGUUGCAGGAUUUGUCUUUUGUCUUUGGUAAAAGACUAUGGGUCAUUUCCUGCUAAAGCUAGACUUUUGUGUUUGUUUUGGUUGUAUUUACCCAGAAUGCCCUGAUCCUGAAGCAGACUCUGGUCCGCUUGGCAUUCACAUAUGCAUUUGAACCGUUCCAGAGUUCACUUUAACCGAACUGAGACCUAGGUUUGUAGUUCGCUUUCUUGGUCCGCAUCAAAGUUUGAUUGGGGAUUCACACUUCCCCAAACGAACCAGACUUUCUCGGCAAACAGACUACAGUUGAAGUGAAGUGGACUAAACACGGCUGGUAUGAACACACCCUUAAUGAUCUCCUACUGGGAAUAAAACUGAGUAGGCAGUAAAACACCAUGAAGGCCUGGUAGGUUCAAUCAGUCUGCCCUAACCUCAGUGAGACUGCACUGGAAAGCUGUCUUUUAGCCUUCAGCUCCCUUUGUGUCAUUCCUUUGACAGAAUGCUGUAUUGUCACACCAGGAUUAAUAUUAUUAUUGUGACUUUACCCCAUUUCUUUUAUACUGACAACUGGACAUUGUAUAGCUGUAAAGAUUGACUGAAAGAUGACAUGGUGUGCAUAUGCUGUAUCGAUUAAAGACAAUGCAUUGAGCUUUUACAUGCU